UAUUAAACAAUGAAGAUCACACAAGUCUUCAUAAUUAGCUUCGCCUUGCUGCAGGCAGUAACAAGUACACCACAAAAACACAAAGCAUCAGAUGGCAGAGAAUAUCUUAUCGAAACAGAACUUAAGUACAAUUGGUAUCAGGCCUAUCAUGAGUGUGCCCGCAGAGAUUCCCAGCUUGUUAUCAUUGAUACAGCGGCAAAAAAUAAUGCCAUUAUUGAUCUGUUGAAAACUGUCAUAGGAAAAUCUCAUAACUUGUGGCUGGGCGGUAAUGAUGAAUUUAGUUCCAGUCACGACUUCAAACGACCCUUCUUCUGGUCGGCCACGGGCAAACAAUUCACAUUUAGCUUUUGGUCGGACAAUAAUCCCGACAAUUAUAGAACUCAAGAACACUGUGCUCAUAUCUGGGCCUCUAAGCCCCUGUAUCAAUGGAAUGAUAAUGAUUGCACUGCUAAAAUGGGUUUUAUAUGUGAACAAAAUCAUUAUUUGGAAACCUACAACAAGGAUCUCAAGCAGAAAUGUGAUGCUGUCAAACAAUCAAGUUCAUCAAUUUCCAUAGAAUUUGCUGAGGCCCAAAAGCAGCAGCUUUCCCAGAUAAAUACUAAAAUACAAAAUAUCGAUCGUGUGGGAGAUGAUUGGAAAAUAGAGAUGCAACAGCUGCAAAAUGCUACACAGUUAGCAGUUCAAAAAAUUCUGGAUAAUCAACAAGUAACGGUGAAAGAAAUGACAGAGAAAAUGCUAAAACAAGUCAACGAUUUAAAUGAUGAAUUGAAGAAGUCAACCACGGAAAUAAAUUCACAGUUUGGUCAGAAGUUGAAUGGUUCAUUCUCGUUUCCCAUGACUAUACAAAAUUUAAUUGUCAUUAAGCAGGGAGCCUAAAAGCGAGUGACUUUAUGCAAUGAAAAAUAUUGGCUGAUGAAGCUAUCUAAGUUGCCAUAUACUAACUACUAUAUUAUUUUUACACACAAAUAAAACUUAUUUUUUAUAUUUAUAAAUAAUUAAAGUUUAAAAAAUAAUUAAAA